AUAAGAAGAAGAAAUAGCGUAGACCAAACGCUUAUCAGGAAAUCUGUCGUCAGUGGAUUUAUUCCAAACCCUUCAAAGUAUUCCGUCGAACUUCGCGUAUAUAUUCUCAACCGCUAAAUCAGAGUGAGAGAUAGAGAAAAUCAAAAAUCUUCCGGCGAAGAAAAAAAAGAAUGCAGAUCUUCGUCAAAACCUUGACCGGGAAAACCAUAACCCUAGAGGUUGAAAGCAGCGACACCAUCGACAAUGUCAAAGCCAAAAUCCAGGACAAAGAGGGGAUACCACCUGAUCAACAGAGACUGAUAUUUGCUGGGAAACAACUUGAAGAUGGACGAACACUAGCGGACUACAACAUCCAGAAAGAGUCGACUCUUCACUUGGUCUUGAGGCUUAGGGGUGGUACCAUGAUAAAGGUCAAGACUCUCACAGGAAAAGAAAUUGAGAUUGAUAUCGAACCAACCGACACUAUUGAUCGGAUCAAGGAACGUGUUGAGGAGAAAGAAGGCAUCCCUCCUGUUCAGCAAAGGCUCAUCUAUGCCGGAAAACAGCUAGCUGAUGACAAAACGGCAAAGGACUACAACAUAGAGGGAGGCUCUGUUCUUCAUCUGGUUCUUGCUCUUAGGGGUGGUUUUGGUCUUCUCUGAGAAAUAAUUCUCUCUUCUAUCUAAGUUUAUUUCUAUCUAAGUUUAUUUGCUCCAAGAGUUUCCUUUCUAUGGCUUUGGUUGAGUUCAUGAGAAAAAAGUGAAUGCAAUUUGGAUAUAUGAUAUGCUUUAAAUACUAUGGCUGGUGUUUCAGUUGGUUUGGAUCAUUUUACCAAUAAUAUGUUCAAUAUUAAAAUCAUACUUA